AUGGCUGGCUUUAAGGAGGACAGCAACAGUAUUCAGGUCAAUGGCCCCAGGACGCAGAGGGAAUUUGAAGCAAGCUCAAAGGAGGACCAUGGUUAUUGUACUUGCAGAGGAGAGGACUCUGGGUCUCCUGGCUGCAAAAGGGCUGCCAAGCUUAUGGUGGGGGACCUUGCUUCGGAGGCCCUGCCGGCCGAGGACCUGCCAGUGUCGGAGCCCCAGGCCGCCCACAGCCCCCUGGAGAAGCCGCCCAGCACCGCGAUCCUGUGUAACACCUGCGGGAAUGUGUGCAAGGGGGAGGUGCUAAGGGUCCAGAACAAGUACUUCCACAUCAAGUGCUUCGUCUGCAAAGCAUGCGGCUGUGACCUGGCCGAGGGCGGCUUCUUCGUGCGGCAGGGCGAGUACAUCUGCACGCGGGACUACCAGCGGCUGUACGGGACCCGCUGCUUCAGCUGCGACCAGUUCAUCGAGGGCGAGGUGGUGUCGGCGCUGGGCAAGACCUACCACCCCGACUGCUUCGUGUGCGCCGCGUGCCGGCUGCCCUUCCCACCGGGGGACCGAGUGACCUUCAACGGGAAGGAAUGCAUGUGUCAGAAGUGCUCCCUGCCCAAGACAGCAGGCAGCAGCGUGCACCUGUCCCAGGGCCUCUGGAGUUGUGGGGGCUGUGGCACAGAAAUAAAAAAUGGCCAGUCCCUGGUGGCUCUGGACAAACACUGGCAUCUGGGCUGUUUCAAGUGUGAGACGUGCGGGAAGCAACUGGACGCGGAGUACAUCAGCAAGGACGGGCUGCCCUACUGCGAGGCCGACUACCACACCAAGUUCGGCAUCCGCUGUGACGGCUGUGAGAAGUACAUCACGGGGCACGUGCUGGAGGCAGGAGAAAAACACUACCACCCACUGUGUGCGCUAUGCGUCCGGUGCGGCCGGAUGUUUGCGGAAGGCGAGGAGAUGUAUCUUCAAGGUUCCUCCAUCUGGCACCCGGCGUGCCGACAAGCAGCCAGAACUGAAGACAAAAACAAGGAAACCAGAAGCUCUUCCGAGAGCAUCAUUUCUGUACCUGCUUCCAGCACCUCGGGGUCUCCAAGCCGCGUGAUCUAUGCGAAGCUGGGCGAUGAGAUUCUCGACUACAGGGACUUGGCUGCUCUUCCUAAAAGCAAGGCCAUCUACAACAUCGACCGCCCCGACAUGAUCUCCUACUCGCCGUACAUCAGCCACUCCGCGGCGGGCAGGCAGAGCAGCCACGAGGGGGAUCAGGAUGACCGCUCGUGCAAGCAGUGCCGGACCUCCAGCCCGAGCUCCACUGGGUCAGUCAGCCUCGGGCGCUACACGCCGACCUCACGGUCGCCCCAACACUACAGCCGUCCAGCUGGUACUGUGAGUGUUGGUACCAGUAGCUGCCUGUCCCUGUCCCAACACCCAAGCCCUACAUCCGUGUUCAGACAUCAUUACGUCCCCUACUUCCGAGGCAGUGAAAGUGGCCGGAGCACCCCCAGCCUCUCGGUGCUCUCAGACAGCAAGCCUCCCCCCUGCACCUACCAGCAGGCGCCUCGCCACUUCCACGUCCCAGACACUGGCGUAAAAGAUAACAUCUAUAGGAAACCCCCUAUCUACAAACAGCAUGCCGUCAGGCGACCCGAUGGAGAGGACGGAAUUUUCGAGCAGGAUAACAGGAAGCAGAAGACCAGCUGGCUGCUUCUCAAGGGGGAUACAGACACUAGGACUAACUCUCCAGACCUAGACAGCCAGUCUUUGUCCCACAGUAGCGGGACCGAUAGAGACCCUCUCCAAACAAUGCAAGGGGACAACUUUUACUCACGAUUCCCCUAUUCCAAAUCUGACCCUCUCCCAGGACACGGAAAGAAUGGCUUGGACCACCGGAAUGCCAAUCUGGCCCCUUGUGGAGCAGACCCGGAUGCCAGCUGGGGCACGCGAGAAUACAAGAUCUAUCCUUAUGACGCCCUCAUCGUCACCAACCGAAUUCGCGUCAAACUGCCCAAGGAUGUGGACCGGACGCGGCUGGAGAGGCACCUGUCGCCCGAAGAUUUCCAGGAAGUGUUUGGGAUGAGCGUGGAAGAGUUUGACCGCCUGGCCCUCUGGAAAAGGAAUGACCUCAAGAAGAAAGCCCUACUGUUUUGACGGCUGCUGGUGUUUGUGACUGUGUGCAGCAGCGGCAGAGCCCGGGACACCUGGCGAGAACCACGAAAACCCCUCCUAUUGCACCUGGCUCUGGCUUCCCUGUGUCCGUGGGGGGCGGGCGGUGGGCCCCUGGAGAGGGCUGGGCUGGAGGCGGGGGCAGGAGGAGGUCCCAGAGCAGGUGCGACCUCUGUUUCUGCCAGCAAUGCUCCUGCCCCUGGUUCAGAGCCCAGACGCCUUGCUUUGCGCUGUUCCUUCCCCGCGGUUGCUUGGCAUCAGGGAGAUGCUGCAAAAUAGCUGUCCCAGGAGAUCAAGGAACACUUAUGCGACGUGCAGCCCACCUUCCUGACCCCUGUGCAGUGCCCAGAACCCCCGCCCCCUGCACUAGGCCCUGGGGGCACAGAGGUGCCUGGGACUCGGGA